AUGCAGCUUUCUCGGACCCUCGUUGCGCUCCUGCUUGUCGUUUGCCACGUCCACCCGGCUUCUGCUGCCGCUGUCCAUGCUCGCCAGGACGGAGACGGCGCCGCAACCUCGGUGCAGAGCAGCAGCAUCGAGUCCACCGCAACUGCCCGGAAUACCAGGGAAGGCUCGACGACGGCGACGAUCGACACGGCGUCCCAUGCAGCGCCCACCGCCACACAAACCAGUUCUCGGGACUCCGCAGCGCCUUCAACCACUGCAGCCGUCAGCACUACUGCCCUAACCGAUGUCCCGUCUGCGGCAGCUCCCAGCGACGCGCCAGCGGCGUCCAGCACGGCCGCCGUAUAUUCCGGCCAUGGCCUUCCACUCCCUCCCAAAGUGACCCCAGCCAUUGGCAUCGCCGGUGCUGUUCUUAUGAUCACUGGGGCCGUUUACACUUUCAUCGGCAUCAAGAACGUCUGGAUAAACAUCGGAGGCUCAGUAGGAUUCCUUGUCGCGCUCUCGAUCACGGUCCUUAUUGAAUAUGUCAUGAACCCGCCUGUCACUGAUGCAGUCCAAGGAGCUUUCUUUGUUGCUGCUUUCAUUCCCGCUUUGCUGGCCGGGGGUGUUGCCUACAUCUUCAAGGACCUUACCGAAGGUUCGGGGUGCAUGCUUGGAGGCUUCUGCCUGUCCAUGUGGUUUCUCGUCCUGAAGCCAGGCGGUCUAAUUACAUCCACCACUGGCAAAGCCAUCUUCAUCGGUGUCUUGUCUGCCGCCGGCUGGGCGUUGUCUUUCAGUCGCUACACCCGUACCUACGGCUUGAUUGGCUGCACUUCCUUCGCUGGUGCAACCGUCACCGUCAUUGGGAUCGACUGUUUCUCACGAGCAGGUUUGAAAGAGUUUUGGCUGUAUCUCUGGGAUUUAAACGACAACACCUUUCCGCUAUUUACCGAUACAUAUCCGCACACGCGUGGCAUUCGAGUCGAGAUUGCCUGCAUAAUCAUAAUCACUCUGCUUGGAAUUGCUUCCCAAAUGAAGCUCUGGAAGGUGGUCAAGGCACGCCGUGCGCAAAGAGACGCAGCGCGGCGGCAGAGAGAGGAGGACCAACAACGCAUGGAUGAAGAGACCGGCAGAAAGAUUCUUGAAGAAACCGACCGAGAGAGGGUUCAGUGGGAGGCCAUGUAUGGCAAUAAGGACUACGCCGAAAAGAAUGCUGCCCGAGUGGACCAUCUCGAUUCCGGCGUUGGCUCUGAGCAUGCCCGAAAGGCGUCCGUUAGUGUGCGAGAAGUUUCACGGGGAACCUCGGAAGAGAGCAUCGAAAUGUGUGAGCUUGAGGCGGCAACCAGAGAAGGGAGCCAGUCUCAGCUCGUUUCCCAGUAUGCUACUCCGGCUGAAGCCGCCGACGAGAUACAACAUAUCGACGGACAGGGACGGCCUCGUCCACCAACAUCCGGCUACUUCCCCGUGGGCCAUCAGAACUCAGUGAUGAAGCGCCAAGACUCCAUGCAAAAUACCGGAAUGGACCAAACAGCAUACAGCGACGGCAGCGCCGUGCCUUCGCCACGACUUUCGAUGCAAGCACACCCGCCGCCUCAAGCCGCCCGCUUACCUUUCGUGGUGCCUACAGGAAAUGACUCUUCGACCGAGCUACUGGAGCAGGAGUCUGUCGCAUCCAUGCCAGAGGAUCUACUGAUGAGGGAAGACAGCGCGCAACGGUUGCCCGUGAAACCGACCUCCCAUGCCAGGAAUUCGCGUGCAACUUCGGAAGAGCAACUUAUAGAAGCCGCGUCCACCGACGAUGAUAGGGCAUCUUCAAUUGCAGCUACUCUGGACGACAUGAACGAAGACGUCAUCUCCCUGCCCGCGCUCUCAAGAGUCGGAACGCCGUUCAGCUGGCUAGAGCCAGCCGAGGGCGGUCACAGACGAACAGGAAGCGCACCUACAGAGGAGGGUGAUGGCGAUGGCGAAAUCCAGAACGAUUCACCAGAGACUGUCGAUCCGGAUCUUCAAGAAGCUCAGGCGGAUGGCAAUCAUGAUGUGUCGGCGCCGAGAGCAUCUCGCUCCUUGACAUCGAGCACCAACCCUAAAUCAGAUUACAGGAAGCACGCAGCUGGCAAGGAUCGCCGCAAAUCUGGCGUUUCAACCGAUCGCGACGAAGUGGGAUCGGCAAGCGACAAACAGGCACGGUCGAAGAGAUCGACCACGCAAUCGGAAAUUGCCCAUUCCGGCGUUGGUAGCUUGAGCGACCACCUCCCCGAAAAGCUGUCAAAGGUGAUGCUGACAUACCGCACCAACGAAUGGGCCAAGCAUGUGAGCAUGGCCGAUCAGCCCGAGCUUGAGAGCAUUCCCGAACCGUCAUCGCCCGGCGUCAUGGUGGAUCUCGGCUUCAAGCAAGCAGCUGAAACGUCGCGGAAGCCGGUAGACUCCACCCCUCCUCAGGCUGAAGCAGAACCGGAACUCGAACCAAAGAAUGAAUCUCAAUUCCCGGUCCAGAUGAAUCCAUACCGGCAAUCGCUGCAACGCUCGCCGUCUAGCCAGUCGAAGAACGUUCAGCCGGUCCCGCUGUCGAGGAACUCGUCAAGCGCCACCGUGCCAACGGCAAACGCGAGCAACCCCCAGGUCAACCUGCAGCGCAAUUCGAGCUCGUCAUCGCUGACGACGCCGUCGCGCCCUGGCUCCGCUAUGGCCGGCAAUGGCACGCGAGGACUGAGGAUCUCAUCGAGCCCAGUCAACGCGCCCAUUGUUGAACAGCCAUCGGAGGAGAUGCAAGCCGAGAAGCGUGCUUCUUCCAGACUUGUGCAAACCCCGUUGCCGACCAACACGCUCAUGGGUGAGAGAGACAGCCGAAUGCGCAGCAGACCGACAAAGAUGUCGUUCAUCACGGCGCCUGGGCAGUCACCGGUUGCGAUGCUUCAGAGCCCACAGCCCCAACGGGCCAGCAGGGCUCCAAGCAUAUCCAACUCAGUCCAAGGGUCGCAGACUGGGGCGGAGGAAGCUGAUCCGGACAACAUGCCGCUCAGUCAGCGACGGAUGAUGAUCCAAAAGAACCGCAUGUCGUCGCAGAACCGGAACUCGUCGUACCCGACGCUGUCGGCGCAGAACUUCAACUCGCACCAGCCGCAGCGGGAGCCGCCGAUGCAGCAGGACAAGCGCGAGCAAAUGUUUGCGUCGUGGCGCGGGUCGCUGCAGCAGGACCAGCACAGCCGGCAGCCGGCGCAGCGCGAGCUGACGGAGGGGCGGCGGUCAGAGAUGAUCAGCGAGCGUCGAAACAAGGAGCUGGUGCAGCAGCAGCGCGAGAUCAACCGGCAAAACAUCGACAUGAUGAUCCACGAGAAGAUGCGGUCGGGCCAGAUGCAACAGCUGCACCGUGAGAGGCUGCGACGACUGCAGUCAGGCGCCAAGACCGAAUAG